AUGGGUUUACUGUCACAGGGGUCUCCUCUGAACUGGGAAGAAAGCAAGAAGUAUGCUAACCACAUCCGGAAGCACGGCAUUAUCCAGUUUGUGAACAUCUACAACAAGGUCAAGGACCGCCAGAAAGAUGUGCUGAAGUGGGGCGAUGAGGUGGAGUACAUGUUAAUGGAACUGGAUCACAAAGAUGAAAAGGCGCGCCUGGUGUUGAACGGGGGCGAGAUUUUAGACACUCUUCAAGACCAGGGUGAAAACAUAAACCCCAAUCACCCCACACUGUGGAGACCGGAGUACGGCAGCUACAUGAUCGAGGGGACGCCAGGUCAGCCCUAUGGGGGGACCAUGUCAGAGUUCAACACGGUGGAGGGCAACAUGAGGAAGAGGCGCCAAGAGGCUUCAUCCGUCUUGGACCAGGGCGAAACCCUCUGCACCAUCACCUCGUUUCCAAGGUUAGGAUGCCCGGGUUUCACUAAACCAGAACACCGGCCAACGCCUGUUGAACAGGGAGUGUCGAAAUCCCUGUUUUUUCCUGACGAAGCCAUCAACAGGCACCCACGAUUCAGCAAUCUCACCAGAAACAUUCGUCACAGAAGAGGAGAAAAAGUUGAAAUAAAUGUGCCAAUCUUCAAAGAUAAGCAUACUCCAUCUCCUUUCGUGGAGGAGUUUCCGGAGGACGACGGCGAAGCGGCGAGGGCAGCUCUGCCCGACCACAUCUACAUGGAUGCCAUGGGCUUCGGCAUGGGCAACUGCUGCCUUCAGGUGACAUUCCAGGCUUGUAGCAUUGAUGAGGCAAGAUAUCUUUAUGACCAGCUAGCAACAAUCUGCCCCAUUGUGAUGGCGUUGAGCGCAGCCUCGCCUUUCUAUCGGGGCUACGUGUCGGAUAUCGAUUGUCGCUGGGGAGUUAUUUCUGCUUCGGUGGAUGACAGAACACAAGAGGAGCGCGGGCUGAAGCCUUUGAAAAACAACAAGUACAGGAUUUUCAAGUCGAGGUACGACUCGAUUGACAGCUACCUGUCUGCCUGUGGGGAGAAGUACAACGACAUCGAGUUGACCAUAGAUGAAGAGAUCUUCAAGCAGCUGCUAGGAGCAGGGAUUGACAAGCUUCUGGCUCAACACAUCGCUCACCUCUUCAUUCGAGACCCGCUCUCCGUCUUCGAGGAGAAACUACACCUGGAUGACGAAAAUGAGUCGGAUCACUUUGAGAACCUGCAGUCAACCAACUGGCAGACGAUGAGGUUCAAACCUCCUCCUCCAAACUCUGAGAUCGGAUGGAGAGUGGAGUUUCGCCCCAUGGAGGUUCAACUUACAGACUUUGAAAAUGCUGCAUACGUGGUCUUUGUGGUCCUUCUCACCAGAGUUAUCCUGUCCUACAAACUGGACUUCCUGAUCCCACUGUCCAAGGUGGAUGAAAACAUGAAGGUGGCUCAGGAGAGAAACGCUGUCCUGGAGGGCAUGUUUUACUUUCGAAAAGACAUCUUUAAAGGCUGCAACCCGGUGCUGGAUGGCAACACUGCUGCACAGAACGGCGUGCAGACAGACUGUGGUACCGAGGAAUACACGCUGAUGAGCAUCGACACAAUCAUUAACGGAAAGGAGGGAGUUUUCCAAGGCCUCAUCCCCAUCCUUAACUGCUAUCUGGAAAACAUGGAAGUGGAUGUGGACACCCGCUGCACCAUUUUGAAUUAUCUAAAGCUCAUCAAGAAACGCGCCUCAGGAGAACUGAUGACCAUGGCCAAGUGGAUGAGGGAGUUCGUCGCAAAGCAUCCUCAUUACAAGCAGGACAGCGUUGUCACCGACAAGAUCAACUACGACCUGAUGAAGAAGUGCGACAGGAUUGCAAAAGGCGAAGAGCAGUGCCCCGAGCUUUUCGGAAACCCGGUCAACAACGUCAAAUGAGACCGGUGACUGACGGUGCGCAUGCAAAGAAAGACCAAACAAAAGAGGUCCAACCCUAAGAGAAUGCAGCAGCAUGCGGAUGUUAAUAGAGACGCAUCACGUAUAUGUAAAUACUCUGAAAUUUUUAUCAUUACCAAAUUAUUUUAAUAGGAUUCAGACCUGCGAAGAGGUGAUGUAAUAGAGAAUCAGAUGUGUAUUUAUUUUUGUCUGGAAAUUAAACAUAUCUGUUUGAGAUUGUAAAUGUAGCAAAGAGUUGUACAAUAGACUGCUUUUAAUCAUCUGUAAAUACUGUACUUCUAUUAAACAUUAACAUUUUUUCUGUUUGUUUUCUUUUUGCUGAGAUUCUUUCUUAACAUUUGAUUUUGUGAUUCAUUUGCUUUCAUUUAAAAAUACAUGUUUGCUUUGCUAUUCUGAUUUUGUAGUGGGACCUGAAAUAAGUGUUGCAUUGAAGUGAAUAUGGUAAAUGUUUGCCAUGUGAUGCUAUUUCAAAAUAAAACUAUAAAUGAGUCACAGGA